ACAUUAUUGCGCAUGCGCUAAACAGCUAGGGAAAAGGAUGGAGGAUUCUAGCGUCUGUAUUCCGCAAACUGCGGAGUCAGACCCCCAAAAUAACACUGCCAGUACCCCUAACGCGGCUUCUGUCGUAGAUCUUGACAAAGUAAUAAACACUAAAAUUGAUAGUACUCAGGUUGAAGGGGAAAGGAGUGAUGAGGAGCUACUAAAGGGUCUCCUCACUGACAAUUAUUGCCAUGUGUGUUGUUCUGAGCUGCUAUUUGAGUCUCACCGCCUGUCUCACUACAAGGGAAAGAAACAUGCUCAGAAAGUCAGGGUAUUCCUAAAUGCUGUAAGAACAGAGAAGGCCAAGGGAUCCCAGCAGACUAUGCCUAAUGAUAAAAACCGUUUCUGUGAGCUGUGUAACAUGGUGUUUAGUUCCCAUGUCGUGGCGAAAUCACACUAUGAAGGCAAAGUCCAUGCAAAAAAUCUUCGUAAACAAAGUCUUCAUCCACCAGACAGAGACCCAGAAGCAUGUACUUCACCAAGUCUCACUCAGGAUCCGGACAAAUUUGACCAGAAAUCCUCCCCAGAGGGUGACACGGAGCUUUGUGUGGACCCAACAGAUGACUCUGCUUCCCCUAGCACAGAUGUUGCUCUCACGGAUCCUAAAAAGUACUGCUCCCUUUGUGCUGCCUCCUUCAACAAUCCCCAGAUGGCCUUCCAGCACUACAAUGGACGCAAACACCAGAGGAUUCAGGCGAGACAGGACUUGCUCAAAGAGCUCGGAGAAGAUGUGCAACAAGCCAGCUACCUAAUGUGUCAUAUGUGUGGUGUGCUCUUACACUCUGUGGAGACGUAUCAGGCUCACAUGCAGGGUAACAAACACCAGAUCAGGGAGAAGAAGAUUAGUGACCUCUUUAAAUCCCAACCAAAAGUCUACAGCACAUUUGCAGAUGAACUGGCAGAUUACAUCCAGGUUCAGAAGGCUCGUGGAAUCACCCCAAAGGCCAAUCAAGUUCUUCCUCAAGAUGGCACACAAAAGGAGGAUGCAAACAAAGAAGAAGAAAAUCAAGAAGAAUUAGCAGAGUGGGAUAUGAUAGAAACAAAUCAAGCUAUCCCUUCCAAUUCCAACCCUUCUCAUAUGUCCCACCCGGGAAUGUGGCAUCCUCCUUAUCCGGGUCCACCCUGGCCACCUCAUGGACGGGACUUCAACUGCCCUCCUCCCCUCCUCCAAUGCUCAGUUUCCUCACAGUCCACCAGCUGGCCCACAAACAGCAGACGGCAAAGAAGACUUUCUAGUUCCUCCACAUACACCACCUCCUCAUCCACAACCCAUUCCUCCGACAGCACUCUCACAAGUGACAGUGAAGCAAGUGAGCAUAGGCCCAGAGAAAAGAGGAGGGUUCUAAGAACCAAGAGGGACAGAGGCAGGAAGGGAGGAGAUGAAGUCUCAGAGAAGGGGGAAAGGAGGAAGAAACGCCGGAGGCAAGAGAGUGAUUAUGACUCAGAGGAGAAGGGAAGAGAGCAGUCUGUGGAUUCAGAGGAGGAGGCAAGGAGAAAAAAGCUAAAAAUUCAUGGCAAGUGGAGACGACAAGAAAGAAAACACAAGCAGGAGAACUUUGAAGCAGUUAAAGCCGAAAGGCAGAUGGAAACUUUACAGCCAGAACAUACAGCGGAGGAUAGAAAUGAGACGGAAGUACAUUUACAGUCUGACUUUAACAUUGAGCAAAGUGACAGUGGACACGACAAGCCAACCAAACCCAAAUACAGGAAAGAGAAGAAGAAAACAAAAGAGAGAGUAGACACUAGGACAGAGGAGGAGAAGCUGUGGGACGACUCUAUUCUGGGUUGUUGAACUGGCAGGAGCAGCUGACCCCUGUCCUCUGAACUUUCCACUUUUUGCAAAUAUAAAAUUAUUAAAGAAUCAAGUUAAAUUAUUUUACUUUUUACUAUAAUGUUAAGUAAUAUAAUGCAAUCCUUUUGCACAGCGAACUGUUGGCUGCGGCGUUUAUACCUGUUCUUGUCAAAUUAUGCUUUAGUCUUAUCGCAUCACUGAUUAACUGUCAAUGAAGAAUUUCUGCUUCUGCCAAGAAUUUGAUCAAGUGUAAUCCUUACUGCGGUCUGUGGUUGGCGCUGUUGAGCUUCAUUCAGAACAUCAGUAAAAAAAAAAGUUCAUAGAUGCUGGAAGCUUAGUCAUUUCAUUCCUUCUGGACUUCUGGGUGCUUUCACUCACAGGUCCAAAGUCUGAAAGAAGGCUGUAAGAGAUGUUUAAAGGGUCAACAUAUGCCGGAUUUAGAGAAUACUUGAUGGAUAAAUUAUGGGUGUGUUGCACACAGAGCAGCAUAUCACAAGCACAAAAGAUGAGAAAGAUUGUAGAGUGCUGAGGCAUUUCCUUAUUCUGCAAUGAAGAGUGUGCAUGCCAAUAUGUUGUGGAUGUAGUUGCACAUCCAAACAACACAUGUGAUGUUUGGGGUCAUACAGGUGCACAGGUUGAAGUGAGUACAGAUCCUCAGAAACCUCAGAAAACAAGUUUAGCAUGACAAGUUGAACAAAGCUAGUUCACAGUACCUGCAGAAAAGGAAAGUCAAUAUUUAAUCAGCUACGUUUGCAGCAGAAAAAAUGUGUUUUUAAUUUAAAUGUAAAUUCUUUUUUUGACUCCCAAGAAUCCCCUCAGAAGAGUUUUACAUGCAGCUCUGGGCAUUUGAAUGGUGCAGCAGUGUAACAGGCCAAUCUGUUUGUUCUUUUGUGCACAUCAAAGCUGCUCCUAGGAAAGCCUUUACACAUUUUCUUUUAUUUUAAAUAUAUAUAUGUAUAUAAUGAAUUAUCUUAAUGUGCCUGAUUUGCAUAGUGAAUACUGGACAAACUUGAUAAAAUAUUCUACAUUUUUCUAAGCUGUGAACGGAAGAAGGAUUAUAAAGCAGGGAUUUGCACAAAAGAGUUUGCCAUUGUGUUUAAUAAUUAUUCAAAAGCUUACAUCCUAAUUACAGAGAGUGAUGCUAAA